UUAUUUUCUGUCGGAGAAUAAGCGGAAGCGGUGCGACGUCACAUCCGGGCACCAGCUGUGUUGACAAAGCGCUGUCUGUCUGCUGCUGGACGAACUGCUCGAGAAAAAACCGGACAUGGAGAGCUCAGCAUGGCAUCUCUCCCUGAAGCUCAGUGACAGACCCAAGGAGGUGUUUCAGUUCCCAGACGCCGAGCCUGGAGACGUCCAUCCAGGAGCCUAUCAGGUGUCCACGCUCAAGCAGCUGAUCUCGGCGCAGCUCUCAGACACGCUGCCUGACCCCGAGCUCAUCGACUUUGUGCACUGCGGCUGUGUGCUGAAGGAUGAUCUGACGCUGGACUUCUACGGAAUCAAGUCUGGAUCCACGCUUCACAUCAUCAAGAAGACGUGGCCGGAGCCAGAUAUCAAGCCUGAGCCGGUGAACAGAUCCUCUGCCGCCCGAGAGUUCAGGACGCUCCGGGCCGCUCUGCUCUCCAGCGGAGUCUACAGAGACGCGGUCUUUAAGAUGCUCUCUGAUAAGGAGUCUCUGGAGCAGAUCAUGGUGGCCUCGCCGGGACUCAGCUCAGACCCGGUGGCUUUAGGAGUGCUCCAGGAUAAGGACCUGUUCGUUCAGUUCACAGACCCGAAGCUGCUGGACAUACUGAUCGGGUCUCACCCGGCGCUGGUCAACGCCAUCAUCCUGGUCCUGCAGUCGGUGUCCCCUGCGGCCCGCUCCUACAGAGACACGCCAGGAGGAUUUCUGUUCGAUGGCAUGUCGGACGAUGAGGACGAUUUCCAAUAUCAGGGAAGCGGCGGCUCCUCGAGGCCCCAGCGAGCGUCUGCAGGCUCCAGGCCCCUCACGUUUGGUCACAGCGGAGCCGCGGGGCCCCGGCCCAUCACUCAGAGCGAGCUAGCAUCCGCGCUAGCGCUAGCAAGCGCUCCGGAGAGCAGCAGCGUCGCUCCCACGCGGAGCACUCAGGAGACUUCAGGAGCUCGCCUCAGCAGCAGUCUGCUCAGUCACGCUCUACAGCAGGCUCUACAGACCUCUGGAGUGAGCUCAGCACAGGGCCGCUGGCAGGCACAGAUGCAGCAGCUGAGGGAUAUGGGGAUCCAGGACGAGGAGGUGGCUCUGCGAGCGCUGACCGCUGUGAACGGAGACCUGCAGGCCGCUCUGGAGCUCAUCUUCUCUGGAGGAGCAGGACUGUGAUGUGAAUGACCAGGACACACACACACACACACACACACACUGUCUUUACCUUCAACACCUGCUUUUGUUGAGUUUUUUACUUUUUGUCUAAAUAAAGUUUAAUUAAAUAAUGCA